CACGUCAUUCGCAGCACCAAGAAAGCAAGGCUGAGGUCUAAGCUAUACCUUUGGAACAUUUUCCUGGUCAUCGGCAUCUACGGUACAAUUAGCAGCUACAAUAUUGCAGAUACCGUUUGGGAUUUGUAUGGUGGUGGUUGUCGCAUCUACUUUCGAUGGCAAUCAAUGAUACCACUCAUUGCAAUAGAUCCACUUGCAACUGUAUACCUGACGAUUCUGUUCCUGCAGCCACUUUGUAGGACAUAUUCGCUGCGAUGGCUACCCUCCACCACCGGUUUCCGCUACUUUCAUCCCGUCGCUCAUUCUCCCAACCCUCCGAACCAUAGGCUUCGACAACUAGCGAAGAGAACCAUUAUCGGAUCGAUAGCCACGAUGGGCAGCAGUCUACUUAACUGCAUCACCAUAGUGGGUUUGCGGGGUGAGGUUGCGUGGCUAUGCAUGAUGUGUUGCACAAGCGAUAUUCUAUUUUCAGCCAUCGUCAUUCACUGGAUGAUGAAUAGCAGCAGUACGGGCACCCGUGAGGCCACGGAGGAAUCCAGUACCAAGACCUCUACCAGAGCUCUGUGUCAGCAGCGGCCUUCUCCUCCUGGCGUCGCCUCUCCUCGCCCAAUUCACGUGUUGUCUAGCCUACGAAGUCAUUAUUCGGCAGGAGUGUGA